CUGAAGCUGAUUGGCGAAAGAAGUUGCUAGCCUAGUCUACUUCCAGACAGAAGAACUGGUUAAACUGUUUCAAGUUAUUUAGAAGGUUGUUGGCUCCUUUAAUUUGCUGAAGCCUCCAGAAAGGGACCAGACCCUGUUCUCCCAGAUGAAGUCUAUCAAGUCUCUGAGACAGGCUGGGAUCACUGCUGUCUUCACUGGACAAAACAGGGCUGACAGUGAGGGAGAGCUACUGGAGCUCAUCCCCAUAGAGGAGGUGAUCCUGGCUGACAUAGACUCUCUGGUGCCCACCCACGACGAGAAUGGCCGGCCCAUUGCCGAGUGGAAGAGGCAGGUUAUGGUGCGCCAACUCAAGGCUAGGCUACAGGACGAGGAGGAGCAAAGGAUGAAGGACAUGGUUAACAGCAACACUGAGGCAGAUGGCUGGAAGUACUCCCAGGCCCACAACGCCAUCCUGGGCCCGUUCGGCGAGCUGCUGACUGAGGACGACCUGCUCUACCUUGAGAGGCAGAUCGAGAACGUGUCCAUGCAGAAGCGCUGCCAGGCCUACGAGCUGGAGCUGGCACGUCUCACCGAGGAGCUCCGCGCCAUCCUACCCGACCCCAUCGUCAACAUCACCGUCAACACCGAGUUCCUCCAGCAGAUGGAUGCAGACGGACAUCUACCUCUUCCUGUGUGGUGUAGUCGUGUCUCCGGCAUUGUCAAGAGCAUGUACCAACUCCUGACCAGUCUGACGAGUCGAGAUGAGGAAGUGGUGAUGCAGGUGGUGGGAGAAGGGGAGGGGGUAACGGUGGGGGCGGGGAUUGAGAGGGGCGUGUGUAGGCUUCAGCGUGUUGAGAUGGUGUCAUCGUUCAGCCACCGCUUGGAGAGCCAGAGCUACAGCAAAGGGAGGAGGGAGAGGGUGGAGAGGGAGAUCCAGCAGUCCGGGGUGUCGGUGAGGAGUUUGAGGUCCAACUUUGAAGGUCAAAUUGGGGGGAUUUACCCAUUUGGGGGGUUUGUGAAUGACUCGCAUCAACCGGUCACAAGGAGCCAGACUCCGAGAGGGAGGGUGGAAGCUGCUGAGUUAGCUGUUCAAACCCCUAACACCGAUCUAGGCUGUGAACUUGAACUAGCCUGCCAUGACAUCCCUAUCCCAAUCCGGGUCAUGGAGACGACCAGUCUGAGAAAAGAGCGCAUUGUCGUCCUGUUCCUGAGCCACUGGAAGAAGUCAGCGUACGCCAUCUCUGUGAGAGCCAGGGUGAGAAAGGAGGCAGUCGAAAGAGCCGAGGCCGUGGUCGACACAAUAAGGAACUCGACACAAUCAGGGACACAACAUCAGACAACAACAAUACAAUCAGGCAUACAAAAUUGGACAACAAUGACACAACCGGGGACGCCACACCGGACCAGCUCUCUCUUUCUCUUCUACCGCCAAAGAACUGCAGUGGACAAGAUGCUCAACACCUGGCGGAGCGCCAAAAUACAGUCUUCGCCAGUAUCCCUAAGCCAGUUGCGCCCCACCACCUAUUCCCCUGAGCACUUCCUGCCUCUCCAGGUGGACGGAGUGCCCGUGGCCUACGACAGCCUGACCCUUGACCUUUUCAUGCUGGGCUACUUCCACAUCCUGGAGCAGGAUUUAUCGGCUGAGGAGCGGAAAAUGAGGCACCUGCUGUGCUUCGAGGUCUUCGAUCACGUAGGUUGUUUCCCAUGGGAGACCGUCAGGGACUUCCACAAGGCCAUCCUCCAGGAGAUCCAAGAAGGGAAGCGGCAGUGGCGUGACGGAUUUGAGGACAUCAAAGCCAGGUUCUUUGGUAAUGCUGCAGUACCUGGAAGGUACCAUCCUGGGGUUGCCAGAGAGUGCCAGUAUCAAGACACAAGGCUAGUGCCCAAGGUCAUAGUGCAGACUGCCAGUCCGGAAGAAGAAGAGCUUCUCAAGUGUAGCAGCGGCACAGACUUCUCCUGUUUCAGCAACGACGAGAUCUGUAAAUACAUCGAUCGCAGCUUUGCUUUCUGGAAGGAGAAAGAGGCUGAGCUGUUUGAUUUCAAACACUAGUCCUUGUUUUCACUUUGUAUUUUGAUAUUUUUGUAUAACGCUGUUUGUAUUUGUUGAUUUUUCUUUGCAUUCUGGUGCUUUUGGAGGGUAAAGUGGAAGAUUGAAUGCUCUGAAUUCAGUUUAUGAGUGUGCGUACAUGUUAUGUAAUUUUGAAUCAAUUGAAAGAAGCUGAGUAAUUAAAUCCAAAUCCAAAUA